AUGGAAGUAAAACAAGAAUGUAAUGAUAAUACCUGUAAAGAAGAAGUGUACUCUAAUAAAGCAGAUGAUGCUGUUCUGGAUAGGGAUAGCCUUAAAUGUCAAAAAGAGGAUCCCAAUAUAGAAAGUACACAUUAUGCAAUUGAUUAUUUGGACUUAAAGGAAUUCCCUAAAAAAACUGAAAUUAAAGAUGAAAGUGAACUUUGGCCAUUUAAAGGAAAACAAAAAAGUGAAAAGGGUAAGUAA